GUCUUGCGCCUGCGCGUCGGGCUCGGCCUUUUUCCCCAGCAUUACGGGCGGCAGACGUUUCGCUGAGCGGCCCUCGGCCUAAAGCGAAAGGGGACUGAACCGAGAACCAUGGGGUUCGUCAAAGUUGUCAAGAAUAAGGCCUACUUCAAGAGGUAUCAAGUCAAAUUCCGAAGAAGGAGAGAGGGAAAGACUGAUUACUAUGCUCGUAAGCGUUUGGUGAUUCAAGAUAAAAACAAGUACAACACCCCUAAAUAUAGGAUGAUAGUACGUGUCACCAACAGAGAUAUCAUUUGCCAGAUUGCGUAUGCCAGAAUUGAAGGCGACAUGAUUGUCUGUGCUGCUUAUGCUCAUGAGCUGCCAAAGUACGGCGUGAAAGUAGGCUUGACCAACUACGCUGCUGCCUAUUGCACGGGUCUGCUGCUGGCCCGCAGGCUUCUGAACAAAUUUGGCCUUGACAAGACCUAUGAAGGCCAAGUUGAAGUGACUGGUGAUGAAUAUAAUGUGGAAAGUGUGGAUGGGCAGCCUGGCGCUUUUACGUGCUAUCUGGAUGCUGGUCUUGCUCGAACUACCACUGGGAACAAGGUCUUCGGUGCUCUGAAAGGAGCUGUUGAUGGUGGCCUUUCGAUUCCUCACAGUACCAAGCGCUUCCCUGGUUAUGAUUCAGAGAGCAAAGAAUUCAAUGCGGAGGUCCAUCGCAAGCACAUCAUGGGUCAAAACGUUGCAGAUUACAUGCGUUACUUGAUGGAGGAGGAUGAGGAUGCGUACAAGAAACAGUUCUCCCACUACAUAAAGAACAAUGUGACGCCUGACAUGAUGGAAGAAAUGUAUAAAAAAGCUCAUGCUGAAAUACGUGAGAAUCCAGUCCAUGAAAAGAAACCCAAGAGGGAAGUCAAAAAGAAGAGGUGGAACCGUCCCAAAUUGUCCCUCGCCCAGAAGAAAGAUCGUGUGGCUCAAAAGAAGGCUAGCUUCCUUAGGGCCCAGGAACGUGUGGCUGAUAGCUAAGAUGCCUUCCAUAAUUUUCUAUGGAGAUUUUGGAAAACAAAAUAAACUUAUUGAACCAA